CAUGGACAUUUCAAGCGGGAUUGCUGAUUAUUUGAGUAAAGUAAACUAUGCAAACUGGAACAUUAUUGAUUGUCUUAAAUUUUUGAAUAAAAAUAAUUGCCUUGGGAUAGUAUCUGAAAAUAAAGAAGAAAUUUUAAUAGAAUUCAAGAAGCAAUUACAUUCAGCAUCUGUUAAUCGGUCAUUAAACAAAAAAGCCCGUGAUAAAGCGACAAGACUUUACAAAAAUGCGGAGAGGAACUUUGAAUUCAAAGAAAUUGUAGCACUUUUUGUUCAGAUGGAUGAGAAG